AUGUCGAGCCUUAUUCAGCGAUACUCUGGAGCGCUGCUGGCGCUAAUGGCGAGUCUUACGUUCACGAUCAUGGACGCUGUUGCUCAGAACUGUAUGCGACGCGGAUUGAGCCCUGGACAAGUCAUUUUCUGCCGAGCGUUGGGCACCGUACCCCUGUUGACCCUCCACGUUCACAUGCGUCAGCCUUCAACCUUCGCUCAGCUGGAUCCCCGGACUCGCGUGACAUCGGAUGACGAAUCGAAUGACGGUACCCUUCUGCAACGCAGACCAGCCCUCGCUGCUCGUCUGAUAUGGGUCCGGUCCGUACUCACCAGCGUCGGCCUCUGCCUCGCCUUUGCCUCAAUGGACCGAAUCGCCAUCACCGAGUUGAUCACUGUUUUCAGCUCAAGGGCUUACUUGAUCGGCAUACUAUGCUGGAUAUUUCUCAAGGAGGUAUUCGGGUGGAGGCUUCGGGUAGCGGCAGUCACGUGCGGCUUUGCUGUCAUUCUCGUCGUCCAGCCGCCUUUCAUUUUCGGCAACGGCGUAUCCGAGGAUCAAGCUAGCCGGACUACUGGCUUUCUUUUCAGUCUCGCCUUUCUUGGGGUGACUACCGUGGAGGUGGUGGUACUACGAUAUCUGGGACCAGGGCCGGACCCUCUCAUCAUGACGCUGGCGUACUUGAUCACUUGCCUCCUCGUCAGCCCUUGCUUCAUUCUUUCGACUGGCGAGCAGCUAGGAAGUAUCCUUGAUUGGCAAAUAUGCCUCGACAUCGUCAUUCUGGCUGUUCUAGGUCUGAUUGGCCAAAUGAGCGUGGUACUGGCAACACAGCAAGGAACCGGAGCGACAGUAUCUGUGGCCAUGUACGCCCAGGUACCACUUGCAGUCCUCAUCCAAUCCAUCUUCAUCGGCGAACCACCUGGGAUCCUGCAGAUUUUAGGAAUGGCUACUAUCGUCGGUUUCGGCGUAUGGGCAAUCGUCGCCGAAUCCAACGAGCGCGAGCAAGCGAAAGAAGCGUCCGCCGAGGAGGAGGGGGGCUAUGCACUACUGCCACCGGGAAGCGAGGAUGCGAUCGUCACUUGCAGUGGAUCAAGAGUGGCGAAAUAG